CACCGCCUGUAAAUCUAAUCAUGCACGCCCAUCAAUCAUCUAUUAGCUUUGCAAAAUGGCCAGCCCUGGAGAGAGAGCUGGAGAGCCAUCAGAUAGAGGAAGACCAGUAAACGACGUCCAACUUUCCAAGUUCCUCUCCUAUAUUUGUAGACACGGUGCGGAGAAGAAAGGAUUGACAGUUCAAGAAGGUGGUUAUAUUAACGUAGAUGAUAUACUAGAGCUAAGAGAAGCAAGGAAGAAUGGUUACUCUGUCUCUGAUGUUCAGAGGGUUGUUGCUAACUAUCCGAAACAAAGGUUCUCAUUACGCUCAAAACCUAACGAUGAUGGAAAGCUUCAGAUUUGUGCCAAUCAAGGCCACAGCCUAGAGGUGAAGGGUCUUGAUUUGGUUCCAAUCCUUAGACCAGAAGAAGCUCCAGUUGUAGUACAUGGUACAUAUAGAAGAGCAUGGGAACAGAUAAAGAAGCAAGGCUUGAGCAAAAUGAGUAGGAAUCAUGUUCAUUUUGCAGCUGGACUGCCUGGGGAGGAUGGAGUCAUUAGUGGAAUGAGGUCUUCGUGUCAAAUUCUGAUAUACAUUGACAUGAAAAAAGCAUUGGAAGGUGGCUUAUUGUUCUAUCGCUCAGCAAACAAUGUGAUAUUAUGCUCAGGAGAUGAGAAUGGAUUUAUUAGUACUAAAUAUUUUGAAAAAGUAUAUGACAUAACUAAAGGUGUCAAAUUAGACUAUUAAUAUAUAAUUACAAUUAUCAUUUUAUAUCAUUAUGACUGUGUUGUAGUUUGUAAAAGUGAAAGAAACAAAUUUAAAAGCA